AUGAAAAGAUCAAUAAAAAUUGGUGUCGGUUGCCUUUUGGUGUGCCUAAUUGGUGUCGUCGUUGGAUUUUUGGUGUUUCCAAAGGUUUUUAGGAACCAAAUAAGCGAGGAGGUUUCUUUGAAACCAGGGUCGGACAGUCGGGCUCUUUGGACAAAACUUCCAUUUCCUAUGGAAUUUAAAAUAUACAUUUUCAAUGUCACUAACCCUGAAGAAAUCCAAACGGGUUCCGUACCAAUUGUCAAAGAAAUUGGACCUUACCAAUAUGAUUUCUGGAGAGAAAAAAUUGACCAAGUCGACAACGAAUUGGAUGACUCCAUAACAUUCAAAAUGAAGACAACAUGGUUUUUUAAUCAGGAAAAAUCAGCACCACUUACUGGAGACGAACAAAUCGUCAUACCACAUCCCUUCAUCCUGGGUCUAGGAGUAAAAGUGGCAGAAUCAAAACCAGGCAUGUUGGGCAUCGUAAAUCGGGCCCUUCCUAUUAUUUACGACAACCAGACGGACCUGUUUUUGCGAACCAGUGCCAAGGAAGCCCUUUUCAAAGGGUUUAUUAUUAAAUGCAACAGGGAGGAAUUCCAGGCCCAGGCUGUCUGUAUAGGGAUGAAAGACGAGGGAAAAGGGUUAGAGGAGCUGGAGGGCGGGGAUUUGAAGUAUUCGUUUUUUGGAUAUAGAAAUAACACAGCCCUGGAUUCGUUCACAAUUUCGAGAGGUUUGAGAAACGUUGGAGAUUUAGGAAAAGUAUUAAAAUUCAGAGGUUCUCAAACAUUAGAUAUGUGGAUGAGAGACGAUGAAGAUGAUGACCCUCCUAAAAAACCAGUUAAUGAGACUAAAUCUUGUACAAAAUUAAGAGGCACCGAUUCGACGAUUUUUCCGCCCUUUUUGGAACCCUCAGAGGGUCUGUGGUCAUUUUCUUCGGAUAUUUGCAGGUCAACAGCCGCAAUUUAUGAAGGGGAAGGAUAUUAUAAGGGUAUUCCUAUCAGGAGAUACAAUGCAACGUUUGGAGACCCCAAAACCGACCCUGACGCCAAAUGUUAUUGCCCAAAAGACCCCAGACCUUGUCCUUUAGCAGCUGAUCCUAAAUUAGUUAAGGAUAUAAAAGGAUUGAAUCCUGAUAAGGAUAAACAUGGAAUUUUUGUCGAUUUUGAAUCGGCUUUUCCGCACCCUAAGGUACGUCAACAUAGGGCGUUGGGCCUUGAUAAUUUUAGGGUCUUUUGGGGUCUUGGCCUCGAUUCUCCUAUACUACAAGGAUAA